GUUUUACCAGGUGAGGUAUAACUUUGAGCUUUACUGUGUGUGUGAUUCAUGUCUGGUCCUGGUCCAUGAUUGCUCAUUUCUUGUUUCUCUACAGUACUUAAAACUUUUAUUUGAGGUUUUUUUUUUUUUUUAUUUGUUUGUUUUGUUUUAUGACUGGAGCAGUGACCGUCAUCUAUCCGUCAGCUAAGUGCUUUCAGCAUUUCAGACACUUUUUAAGAUGUCACUGCUGGGGUCUUUGCUUUUAGUUGCAGUGUCUGUUAUAUGCGCGGAGAGGGUGUAUUUUCACGGACCUCGUCCUGCCACAUGGGAUAAUGCUAGGCUUUACUGUCAGGCCUGUUACACAGACUUAACCACCAUCACCCUGGCAAAUGCAGAGGUCCUCGGUCUGAACCUUACCUCAGACUACUGGAUUGGCCUGCGCCAAAACAUGAGUGGUUCAAAAUUUUGGUCACGAUGGGCCAACGGUGAGCCUGUCCUCUACCAGAACUGGUAUCCUGGUCAUCCUGUCCCAAAGAAAAAGCCAGAGCCACAACCCACAUGUCCAACACCACCAGCAAUUAACAAUACAAAGACAGAGGUGAUGCAGUGCCCAGCCUUUGCGAAACUCUGUGAAUGUCUAAAUGCAUCUGGGGGCAAUGAUGAAGAUUUGAUUUUUGAAUCCACAACAAUGUUCAACACAACUAUUAACAGUACAGUGACGGGGAUGAUGUGGUGUCCAACUUUGGCAAAGCUCUGUGCCUGUCUAAAUUCAUCUGAGGACAAUGAAACUUCCAUUACAGAAUCCACAACGGUGUUCACCACCGUUACAAGCCCAACUCCUACAGUGCUUGUAACUACCAGCUCCCCUACAAGUACCACGAGUAAUGAUUUAGAGCCUGAAUAUAUUGAGGAUUCCUGCGUGGCCCUGCUCAGCUUUGGCAUGUGGCAGGAAAAACAGUGCAAUGAAUUCCUGCCCUACAUCUGCUAUGAUGAACGAUUUUAUGGUGAUGUGAACAUUUCCAACGUGAAUAAAACAGGAGGUAUGCUGACAUGGAGUGUGGCAGGCAUAAGUAUUUCUCACUACAGAGUAGAGAUCAAUGGGAAUUUCACAGCAAAUGUUACAAACGUGACAAGUUACCAGAUUAAAGACCUGGCUCCUGGAAGGUUGUACAGAGUGCAAAUAAUCCCUGUGAAGUGUUCCCGGGACCUCAAUGCUCAGAAUAUCUCCUUCUACACAUUGCCAGAGGAGAUCAUAAAUCUCCGCAAAGUGAGUGUGGAAACAAACGCAAUCAGGCUCAGUUGGAAAGCAUCAAGUGGAACUAAUGUAUCCUACUUAGUAAAUACUGAGCCAGGAGAUUCAAAACGACAUUGCUGUCCCGAGAAUUGCUCUAUAACCAGUCUACAACCAGGACAAAGAUACAAUUUCAUAGUUAAAGCUGUGGUCAAUGGAACUAUUUUUGGAGAGCCAGGCAACAUUCUUGCUUGCACCAAGCCUUCUAAAGUGAUGAACCUUACUUCUUCUAACAAUGCUAGUGACACCAUAACUGCAACGUGGGAUUCGCCUGAUAUCAAUAGCUUGCAAUACAGCUAUAACAUUACUUUGGUCAAUAUGACUAAAGAACAAGAUAUGUAUAUGAAGUACGAGAGAAACGGUUCUAAAACCACAACACUGUCCUCCCUCAUACCUGGUACUAAAUACAAAUUAAACGUGUCAGCAAGUGUUCUCCUUCCAGACUGCUUCGAGGAAGGAGAAGCAGCUUCCAUCACUGCCUACACCACACCAAUGCCAGUGAGCAACCUUCGACUGGACAGUACAGCUAACAGUAUUACUGCAACUUGGGACCAUUCAAAUGCACAUUUUGCUUGGUUCAAUGUGACUAUCUCUAGCUCCAUGAGUGCGGACAUCUUAUCUCCUACUGAACCUACAUACAGUCUGAAUUAUACUUUCACAUCUCUGAAAGCAGCAGCACUUUACACUGUUAGUGUCGUUACUUAUGUGAACAAAGACCUGAAUCCAAGCAGUGCAGUCACUAAAUCCAUUUUUACCAAACCGACUUCACCUGGUAAUGCCAGUGCACAAAUCUUAAACAAUACUGCAGUAUUUUUAAGUUGGGAAAUCCCGGCGGACUCAAAAGGGGUUAAAAACAUAUCUUACUCAGUGAAAUAUGUUUCUGAUUUUUGGUGUGAUCCUGGAAGCCUGAACUUAACUGGAAAUAACUCUGUCGUCAUUGGUGGAUUAAAAUCUGGCACCAAGUACACAUUUAACAUAACAGUCUGGGCUGGAGUGUUGGAGAGUCUUCCCUCUACUACCAUUGGAUUUACAAAGCCCGAAAUUAGAAAUGUAACCCUUACAAUGCUGUGUUCCUCUUCCACUCAACUUUACUGCAUGAACACCAGCACCACGGCAUAUGUCCUAGAAAAGCUGGAAAAUAGUGUUCGAGAAAAAUUUAAGGAUAAUGUUUUCUGGAACCUUACUUUGAGGGGCACAAAAUGAUAUAUAUGUAUAUAUAUAUCCAAGAAUGCACAAAAUAUGUUCCGAAUGUACACAACACAAUAAUUUUUGCUUCUCUAAUGUCAGUUUCAUGUUUUCAGUGUCUUACAUUUAUUGAAGCAUAUUGGUAUAAUCAUUUAUGUACCUGCAUUUAUCUACCUACAUUUAUGUAUCUACUCAUAAUAUAAGCUUCAUAUUUGUUACAGGGCAUAACCAUAUAAGUCUCUCAUAAUUACAUAGUAAGCAUUAUUCAUUCUCAUAGAUUAAAUAAUCAAAGAAUCAUGUAACUGAUUGUACUUUAUAAACUUAUUGAAACCUAGUGGAAUGGGGCUCUUUCAAUAAAG